AUGUUUGUUGCCUUUGCCUUUCGUGAAUUACCAGUAGUACAAAUUUGUGAACUAAACCAGUAAACUUCAUCCACAUUGCUAUAAAACGAACAUCUAUCAAGCCUUCAACUGGCAAACCAAAUUGCAAAAUGAGGAACUAUCCGGCGAUCGAAAUACUGGAAAAGGGAUUAGUGAUCCCCAGCGAGGAAACCCCAGCUGAGGAGAUCUGGCUCUCCAACCUCGACCUUCUCGUUGCGCGAGUCCACACACCAACGGUCUAUUUCUACCGCCGCCCACUCAAUGUGGCCGGAUUCUUCUCGCCGGAAACCCUAAAGACCACCCUUGCUCGAGCUCUCGUUUCAUUCUACCCUCUCGCCGGCCGCCUCGCUGCUGGCACGGAGGGUCGUCUCUGCAUUCGAUGUACGGCCGAGGGUGCCCUCUUUGUAGUCGCCCGAUCUGAAUCGGCCGUGGAAGAUUUGGGGGAUUUUGCGCCCUCCGAUGACUUUCGACGGCUUCUUGUUCCUUCCGUUGGUACCGAGGAUACUGAUCUCCCCCUUGUUAUGUUUCAGCUAACCUUCUUCAGGUGCGGCAGCGUGUGCCUUGGCGCCGCCAUCCACCACACCGCCGCCGAUGGCCUUGGAGCCCUCCAUUUUAUAAAUUCAUGGUCUACUUUGACCCGUACCAACACCCCAUCCCUUCCCCCCUCACUCAACCGCACCCUUCUCCGAGCCCGCUCCCCUCCUUCCGUAACCUCCAUCCACGUCGAAUACUCCCAACCCCCACGCUCUCCGUCCUCCACUCACCCUCCCUUCACCUCCGCCAUCCUCAAACUCUCCGAUCAUCAUCUCUCCCUCCUCAAAACCACUUCCCCCAGCAACAGUUCCAAACCCCCCCUCUCCACCUUCAAAGCCGUCGUCUCCCACAUCUGGCGCUCCGCCUGCAAGGCUCGCGGGCUAACCCCAACCACCCGCACCAGGCUCUACGUGGCCGCCGACUCCCGAUCUCGCCUUCGUCCACCUCUGCCCGCCGGCUACCUCGGGAACGCCAUCUUCCGCGUGUCGGUGGAGGCUGCGACGGAGGAGGUGUUGGAAUUCAGAGGGGCGGCGAAAAUCGAUGGGAUGACGAAGCGGAUUGAUGAUGAGUUUGUUAGGUCAUUGUUGGAUUACUUGCAGGAGAAGGUGGAUGAGGUUGGGGCGAGGAAAGGGGCGUGGGUGAUGCCGGAGAGCGACCUUUGGGUGAUUAGUUGGAUGGGUUUGCCAAUCUACGAGGCCGAUUUCGGAUGGGGAAAGCCGUUCUACAUGGGAAGAGCAACUUUGCAGUUUGGUGGGUUGGUUUAUAUUUUGCCCAGUUCACCGGAGGAUGAGGAGGGUAGGGUUUCGGUGCUGAUGGCGAUGGAGGAGGAGAACAUGGGGCGGUUUAAGGACGUGUUUUAUGAAGAGAUUGGGGGAGUUGAGUCGGCUCGUGUCUCCUCUCCCUCUGCACCAAACGAGCCUCCCACAAAAACACACCUUAAAAUGUGUGCUUCGCCCAUCGAGAUCGAAACCCUGGAACAUGCAGUCGUAGUUCCCAGCGAACAAACCCCCGCCGAAGACAUCUGGCUCUCCAACCUCGACCUCCUCGCCUCCCGCCUCCACACCCCCACCGUCUACUUCUACCGCCCCCCGCUCAACGACGCCGGAUUCUUCUCGCCGGAAACCCUCAAGUCCAGCCUUGCCCGUGCCCUCGUCCCAUUCUACCCUCUCGCCGGCCGCCUCGUCACCGGCCCCGAUGGUCGCCCUUCCAUUCGAUGCACGGCCGAAGGUGCUCUCUUUGUCGUCGCUCGCUCUGAAUCGAAAAUGGAAGAUUUUGGGGAUUUCGCGCCGUCGGAUGAGCUCCGACGGCUUCUUGUUCCGUCUACCGGCGGCGCCGACGAGGCGGUUGUUCCGCUCGUCAUGUUUCAGCUAACCUUCUUUCGGUGCGGCGGCGUCUGCCUCGGCACUGCAAUCCACCACACCGCCGCCGACGGCCUCGGCGCCCUCAACUUCAUAAACACGUGGGCCAAAAUUACGCGCACGAAAACUCACGUCCCCAUUUUCCCAUCCCUCAACCGCACCGUCCUCCGGGCCCGCUCCCCUCCAUUCGUAGACUCCACCCACAUCGACAGCUACCCACAAUCCACUCCCUCUCCUCCUUCCUCCACCAAACAUUCCUUCACCUCCGCCAUCCUCAAACUCUCCAAACGCCAUCUCCACCUCCUCAAAAACCCUCCCACCAACAACAACCCUAAACCCCCUAUUUCCACUUUCAAAGCCCUCGUCUCCCUAAUCUGGCGCUCCGCCUGCAAGGCCCGCGGCCUCGACCCAUCCAUCUCGACCCGAAUCUACAUCGCAGCCGAUACUCGAUCCCGCCUGCGCCCGCCUCUCCCGGAUGGCUACCUUGGCAACGCUGUCUUCCGUACGUCGACGAAGAUGACGGCGGGAAAAAUUUUGUCGGACUUCGAGGAGACGGCGGCAAGAAUCGAGGAUGCGGUGAAGGCGCUUGAUGACGAAUUUGUUAGGUCUUUGGUGGAUUACUUGGAGGGGAAGGUGAAUCAGUCCGGGCUGAGGAAGGAUGGGUGGGUGAUGCCGCAGACGGAUUUGUGGGUGGUUAGUUGGAUGGGUAUGCCGGUGUAUGAGGCCGAUUUUGGGUGGGGGAAGCCGAUUUAUAUGGGAAGGGCUUGUAUGCAGUUCGGCGGGUUGGCUUAUCUUCUUCCGAGUUCGCCGGAGGACGAGGAAGGAGCGGUUUCGGUGGUCAUGGCGAUGGAAGAGGGCAAGAUGGGAAAGUUUAAGGAGAUAUUUUUUAAUGAGAUUGGCAGUGUUGAAUCGGUCAAUUUUGAACCGUAACCGGUUUGAGUGCCGUGAACCGGUUCAUCUUUAAAUUGUGUGUAUUUCUAUAUGAUUCUCGAAUCUUCUUAAUUGUUCUUGUGUUUUCGAGUUGGAAGUCAUUAGGCGUCGAGUCUCCUUCAUCUUUUGAUUCUCAUUGGAAUAAUGCAAAUGCUUUGUUUUGUGUCAAUUGUUUUUCUAAAUUGAG